GUCUUCCAAUGGCUCGAGCGCUUUACGCGACUCUGGGACGCAUUUUGUCAGCAGCCAGCAAGCAUGGCUCUGUGGUAAUAGAAUAGCCCGUGUAAUUUGACACUUCAACUUGCCGUGCGCUACGUUAGUUGAUUCAGACAGUCACACUAACGAAACGCCGUGCGCUUUUUUCUCAGUGUUUGCAAAGUGCGAGGGAAGAAAACGGGACGCAACUUUAAACCCAGGAGCAUUUUCAGCGCUGUUCUGUGAUCGGACCUGAAAGUGCAGUGGACCCUAGUUUGGACGUGAGCUGACCGAGGGACCUUCCCCACGGACUAUAUGAAGGGAGGGGAGGGGGAGGGGGGGCUGCUGACGUGACUCCCAGCUUACAGAACACACAGAUCACUUCUAUGAUUGAUGAGGAUAUGUGAGUGAAUUUGCCAAGCCCUGAACGAAGAAAUCUACUGCAUCCUCUGAGAGAAGAACUUUAAUGGCUUCCAGGUAGAGAGGAGGCAGCAGUCAAGAUGAACUCGAUUCCUUCGAUGGACAGGCACAUACAGCAGACCAAUGACAGGCUGCUGUGCAUCAAACAGCACUUACAGAAUCCAGCCAAUUUCCAGACGGCGGCCACAGAGUUACUGGACUGGUGCGGAGACCCACGAGCCUUCCAGCGACCUUUUGAGCAAAGCCUGAUGGGAUGCUUGACGGUCGUAAGCCGGGUUGCAGCACAGCAGGGUUUCGAUUUGGACCUCGGCUAUCGGCUCCUGGCCGUGUGCGCGGCAAACCGCGACAAGUUCACCCCGAAGUCUGCAGAAACCACCACCUGCAGGAGAUGUCAGAGUGACACAGCACUCCUGUCGUCCUGGUGCGAGGAGCUGGGUCGGCUGCUCUUGUUGCGGCAUCAGAAAAAUCGUCAGAGUGAUCCACAGGGCAAAGUACCCUUGCAGCCACCCAUGAACUCCAUGAAGCCCUCGCUCUCUCAUGGCGAUGGAUCCUUUCCAUAUGAUGGCGUUCCUUGGCAGCAGAACGCUAACCAGGCCCCAGGUUCAUUGUCGGUGGUUACGACGGUGUGGGGAGUCACCAACACGUCACAAAGUCAGGUAUUGGGUAACCCCAUGGCCAAUACCAACAAUCCCAUGAACCCUGGGGGUAAUGCGCUGGGGUCGGGAAUGUCAGCCAACAACCCAGGGAUCAACUCGCCUCAGUUCCCCGGCCAACAGCAACAGUUUUCAGCCAAAGGGGGAUCCAACCAGGCGUACAUGCAGCAAAGCAUGUAUGGUCGUCCGGGGCACCCAGGAGGAGGAGGAUUUGGAGGAAGUUACCCAGCUGGGCCAAAUGCACCGGGUGGUAUAGGGAUGCCCCCUCACACGCGACCUACUUCUGACUUCACUCAACCUGCUGCUGCUGCGGCCGCCGCCGCUGUUGCAGCCGCCGCCGCCACGGCGACAGCCACCGCAACAGCAACCGUGGCUGCCCUGCAAGAAACCAACAAAGAUAUGAACCAGUACAACCAGGUCUGCUCCUCUUUCCAGAUGGGCCCCACGCAAGGAUACAACAACCAGUACAUGAAUCAGCCUGGGCCUCGUGGCCCUCCGUCCAUGGCAGGAGGCAUGAACCCAGCUGGUAUGGGACCUGGUAUGAAUAGUUCCAAUAUGAGUGGCCCACCAAUGGGGAUGAACCAACCCAGAGGGCCCGGUAUGGGGCCCUUUGUCGGCCACGGCCAACGGAUGCCCCAACAGGGUUACCCUGGUCCACGACCUCAAUCCAUGCCCAUGCAGGGAACUAAAAGGCCUUAUCCAGGAGAGCCUAACUACGGAGGUCAGCAAUUUGGACCCAAUGGCCAGUUUCCCACCCAGCAAGGGCAGUACCCUAACCCAAAUGCUUCUAGGCCUCUUGCUUCACCCAAUUACCCAGGCCAGAGGAUGCCAGGACAGCCAGGCUCGGGGCAGUACCCCCCCACAAGUGUACCUAUGGGCCAAUACUAUAAGCAAGAGCCUUUUAAUGGUCAGAAUAACAAUUUCUCUGGAGGCGGCUAUGGGUAUAGUCAAGGAAAUGGGCCUCCUCGGCAGGUAGCUAACUAUCCCCACUCGCCUGUUCCUGGGAACCCUACGCCACCCAUGACUCCAGGAACUAACAUCCCCCAGUACGUUUCACCCAGUCAGGACGUCAAGCCCCCGUUUCCGGACAUGAAGCCGAACAUGACGUCUUUGCCUCCACCUCCGACCAUUCCCAACGAGGAGCUGCGAUUGACGUUCCCUGUGAGGGAUGGGGUGGUGCUGGAGCCCUUCAGAUUAGAGCACAACCUGGCCGUCAGCAACCACGUCUUCCAUCUACGCCCCUCCGUCCAUCAGACUCUCAUGUGGAGAUCUGACCUGGAGCUGCAGUUUAAGUGCUACCACCACGAGGACCGACAAAUGAACACAAACUGGCCCGCUUCCGUCCAAGUCAGCGUCAACGCCACGCCACUCACAAUCGAAAGAGGCGAUAAUAAGACAUCCCACAAACCCCUUCACCUGAAACACGUGUGUCAGCCGGGUAGAAACACCAUACAGAUCACUGUCACAGCUUGCUGUUGUUCGCAUUUGUUCGUGCUGCAGCUGGUCCACAGGCCGUCGGUGCGAUCGGUCCUUCAGGGUCUCCUAAAGAAAAGGCUCCUUCCUGCCGAGCACUGCAUUACCAAAAUUAAAAGAAACUUUAGUAGCGUAGCGGCAUCCUCUGGGAACGCCACACUAAAUGGGGAAGAUGGAGUGGAGCAGACAGCCAUCAAAGUGUCCCUAAAGUGUCCAAUCACAUUCCGUCGGAUUCAACUUCCUGCUAGGGGACAUGACUGCAAACAUGUGCAGUGCUUUGAUUUAGAGUCGUAUCUUCAGCUAAACUGUGAGAGAGGAACGUGGAGGUGUCCUGUAUGCAAUAAAACAGCGUUAUUGGAAGGACUGGAAGUUGAUCAGUACAUGUGGGGAAUUCUCAAUGCAAUUCAAAACUCUGAGUUUGAAGAGGUUACAAUCGAUCCUACGUGUAGUUGGAGGCCGGUGCCCAUAAAGUCUGACAUUCAUAUAAAGGAGGACCCAGAUGGACCUCUGGCCAAGCGUUUUAAAACCAUGAGUCCCAGUCAAAUGAUCAUGCCUAAUGUGUUGGAUAUGAUCGCCCAGCUGGGUCCAGGCCCUUCACCCUACACCCCUCUCCCUCCUCAGCACGGUGGGAAUAACGGCGACUACGGGGGUCAAGGUAGAGGCAAUAGUUACCAGGGCCAUGGAAACUUUGACUUCACCCACAGUAACUCUGGUGGCGGAGCUCCCAUGAAUGACUUCAUGCACGGACCCCAGCUCUCACAUCCACCAGACAUGCCCAACAGCCUCAUGACUUCUGACAAGCCUCUAGCCCACGGCAUACCAGACUCGAUGUCCCAUCCUGUGAGUGCUGAUCAAUCCCAUGCUUCCAUGCAGCCCGGCAUGCACGCAUCCCCCCACCCCAACAGCCAAUCAGCUCAGCCAUUGCAUCACAGCGGCCCCCCAUCUUCCCAGCCCCCACGCCAGCCUCUGCCCCCACAGCAGCCCGGCCAAAACAGUCACCCACAUGCCGAUAUGACCUUCAACCCUGCUGCUGAUGGGCAGGCAGGCGGCCAGGGACCUGCAGACAUCCCUGAGCCUUCUCUGGAUCUUCUGCCCGAACUGGCGAACCCAGAUGAGCUGUUGUCAUACUUAGAUCCUCCUGACCUCCCAAGCAGCAGCAACGACGAUCUGCUCUCCCUCUUCGAGAACAACUGACUCCCUCCGGUCGGCCUUUCGGAGUGGCCCUAAUUUGUUCGGCUGUCAGGAAUCACGAGGCACCCUGCGGACAGACUCUGCAUUUUGCGCACAGGAAACAGCCAUCCUCUUGCCUCCUCCUCAUGUAAAUAUCUCAAUCUUUUACAAGCGACCUUUUCCACAACUAUAUGGCAGCCAUGUUGGUUGGCACUAAAGUGAUAUCUUUUAAUACUAACGGAAAUACAUGUGCAGCUAUAAUCGGUUCAUACGAUGACAUCACAGAGGACCGUCUGUGCGCUCACUAGGAAAGUAUUGUAGCAUUUUUAAUUCAGAUUUUUUUCCUUUUGUGAAAAGACCCUGAAUAGAAUAUAUAUAUAUAUAUAUACACACACACACACACACAUAUAUAUAUAUAUUCCUGCAACGACCUAUCUGUGUCCGCAAUCUCUUGAACGUUUGUUCUUCCGAGCUCUACCACCGCAACUUCCCAAAUCCUUGUCAGAAGUCCUCACCCAGAUGUCCGCACUAUUUGUUCAUUCAUCUCCCUUGAUAAAGCACAAGAGAACGGUGACAAAAUGCGUCUGGAAGCCUGUCAAGGAAACAAGAAGGGAAGAAAGCUUGUAUCACCAUCGAUAUUGAAAUGAUCCCAUCCCAGAGACUAAUGAUGGGAAAAGUCCUCCAACAGUUCUUAACUCUCAUUUGCCCAAUUUGUCACUUCACAGGACACAUUAGAACGUGUUCUUUUCUAGUAAACGUCGCACCUCAUUUUGUUACGUGAUUCAUAUGUCCACCCACCCUCAGGCAUAUGCGUCACGUUCAAAGUUAAACAAAUGCUGGAGGGCAUCACGGCAUGCAUUUUACCCUUGGCAUUGUGCAUCUUCCGACAGACUGUACUUCCCCUGCAAUGUCCUAUGGAUACUGCACAUUAGAAGAAAGCAAUUCACAUUUCAACAAGUAAUCUUGUGUCACCUUUACUACAUUGUCAUCUGCCUUUGUGAGUAUCCUCCAUGCAUGAGGCUCUUGAUGUUUGUACCCCUCUUUCUACAAACUGCAUACAAUGUCCAGAUAUAAAGUGUUGCCAAUCGCCCCUAAUUUUAGACAAAGUUCGACUGAUUUUUAUAAUCAGUUCUUUUGUUCGUUUUUGUUUUAUGAUUCAGCCUUUCAUUCAUGAACUGUCUUUAUAAUGCACAAUUAUAUUGUUCUUAUUUUGGCAACUGUUUCCUGUUUUUACAAAUGUGUACAUUUAUCAGAAAGUGUCCAUGAAUUUACCAAAGCACCCUGAUUUGAGAAGGUGGCCCAAACCUGUUUUCACCAGGUUAAACCUGUUUUCAAAUUAUUAUGUUUAUUGUUUUGUUUACAUGUUAAAAUCCUAGUAAUGAUACAACAAACAAUGAAGAAAGCGUUUUUAAAAUAUGUUCUAUAUUUAUAGAUUUUACUUUUUAAUUAAAGCUAUAUAUUAUUUCAGUACCCAUUUUAAAAAGGACAGAAACUGUACACAAUAUGUACAGGUGUCACCUGUGUUUCAACUAUUUUGUCAUAUGUACAAGGUGAAUGGUUUCUUUUUUUUUCUUUUUUUAGAAAGUUUUAUUUCAAAUCAGUAAGACCCUCAGAUAAUUGUCAGUAUUUAUGAUAUUUGUAAUGAUAACAUUUCCAUAAUAUUGAUGUUACUCAAGAACUGUCUAUCAUCUGUACAAUUGAAUACUGUUUGAAAUGUUUAUUGGAUACAGCAUCACACUUUGAACAUGUUUCCAUUUUAAGUUAUUUUUAUAUGAAUUGCAAUAUUAGUUUUUAGUUUUCUUUCUGUUCUUCUUGGUGUAGAAUUAUGUACAAAAAUGAUGUUUGUUGUUGACAGUUGAAAUACUUCGAACUCCAUGGAAAUGUGGAUUCGAGUUUAACGUUUGUCUGUAGUUCACUUGUAUAUCCUUUCAAAGAUGCACUGCCACAUAUUCGUUCCCACUUUGUAGACACAAAUAGGCAAAUAGACUCCUCCUUAAGCUGGCAGAGGUCUGAGCUGUCACACGCUAUCGAUGUACAGGUGUUGAGGAGAUGGCCGGUGCUGAGGUAGAAACAGAAAGGGUUCAAUGAAUUAGACUGUGUGUUUUCUACUCAGUCACAGCGUUUGGAGAGGUUCGAGGAGAAAAUGGGAAAAGGGGCACAUUAGGGAUGCAUGUACAUAUGUAAAUGAUAAAUAGAGACACGUUAACAGAAAUGUAUUCAUUUUCCCCAGGGGAAUGUGCAUUGUGUAUUUAGAAUCUGUAAAGCUUGCAUCCUCGAAUCAGAAUCUAAAUUGGGUAAAAUGAAUCUGUGUUUGUUAGCGUCUAUGGAACCUCUCAGCAUUUAUUCACUUUUGUAAAAUAUUCAUCCCACGUGACCGAGGAAUUGGGGAAGGGGAAAAAAGAGACACAUUUGUUUUACAUUUGUGUAAUAUUUAGCAUACGUGUAUUGCUCCAUUUCUUGUGUACUUGAUAAGGUGCUACAGAAAAUAAUGAAGAAAAUCCUGGGGAAUAAUUUGGAAAAUUGGGACCAGGAGCGGUUCCAAAAGAUUGUAACCAAAAUCCAGAAUUUGUACAAUUUUGAUAUCACGAUCAGGAAAAUUGAAAAAAAAAAAUAACAAGGUACAAUCUGAGGUGAUUGGCGCCAAACGUUGCAGUUAUCUUUGCUUGUACAUUCUGUUGUACAAUCAUUUCAUAUUCUAAACUGGUCAGAAGAAGAAAAAACAAAAACUAAUUGUGAUUUUUAGUCUUGCAAAACUGUAUGUAGUUAGAUGCUGUGACAUCCUAAUAUUUAUCUAAUAAAUAUGUAUUCAGAUGAAA